UUGAACGACCGGGAAGUGGUGCAAAGACAUCGUUGUCGUACCACUUCUCCUCCAUCCGGCAAUUCCCAUCGACGCUCGCUGACGGAAGCGCCACCGGUGGAAACCCAGCGAUUGCCGAUGGCAGAACAGCCUGGGAAAGGGCUUGAAUCCCAUCCACUCAAGCCGCAAUUCGAUCUGAAAUCAUAUGAAGGCACAGACGCAAAACCGGAGACGAAAGAUCGAGUGCUGCACAUGAUCGCCUUGAACGUGCCGUUAUCGGGUCGAAUGUCUGGUUUGCGUGGAGCCGAUCUCCAGUGCUAUAAAGAGUCGCGACAGGCCGGCUUUGUCACCACAUUCCGAGCGAUGUUGUCAAGUAAAGUGCAGGACAUGUCCCGCAUUGUUCACGCGAUCGAUCGAGGCACUCGGGUGGUGAAUUUGAAAGGAGAAGAGCUAUUCCCAUCAUGGGAUGAAUUGUUGUUGGGACGACCACCAAAUGAACAAGUUCCACUCUACACAUUCCACCGAGAAGACGUUUUCACGUCACCGAAUUGGAACGAUCGUCGCAUUUGGCACGGUUCGAUCGAGGGUGGAAUGCGUGCGGAUGACUCGAUUUGUGAUGGAUGGAGGACGGGCAGUGCAUGGGAAACAGCACUCGCUUCACAGCUUGUUCCGGGACGACCACUAGUCGGUGACGCCGAAAAAGUCGGAUGUGAUGCGCGACUGGUUGUCCUCUGCGUUGAGAACAUGUCAAAGUACAACGUCGAUCGCAUCUUGGCAAAGAAAAAUGUGCACGAAUUGAAU